ACAGGGUGGAAAGAAUUAUUAAAAAGUAUAUGUACAGUACACAAGGCGUACAUGCAUAUAUAUUUUGAUAUAAAAUAGGUUUUGCUUCAUAAAUUCAUGUUUUUAUUAGGUAUUUCUUUAAAAAAUUCUUUUAUUAUAUCCUAUAAUUUUCAAAAUCUGCAUUCCAAAAUUAAAAAGAAAGCUCGUGAAAGAAUGAAAUUCUAUUCGAAUUUAAAAGAAUUUUUCAAAUAUGUAAUAAGCACGAAAAUCGAGCCUUCAAUUGCCGAGGAAAUUCGACUAAAAGAUUCCACUUUCGUGCGAUUUCGUGCUUACGGAAAGAAAUUUCAUCUUCAUCUUAACGAAGACCAUUCUAUACUUUCUCCCAGUACCAAAGUCUUCAUUAAUGGCGCUAAAACCAUUCAAUUAAAGCUAAAAAACAUACCGGGCUCUUCGAUCUACACCGGAAUUGUAAGAGGAGAAAAUCAAUCUUCAGUUAGUGGAUAUUUUCAUAAAAAUUCGUUCGUUGGACGAAUAGAAUUGACGGAAGACAUUUACUAUUUAGAAAUGGCAUCUUUAUAUUUAAUACAAGACAGAUAUAAGGAUAAAGUUAUUAUUUAUAAACAGAAAGACGUCCUUCCUCCUGGAUGUAGAAUGGUAAAUGGAAGAAGAAUUUGCGAGGAAAGAGUGAUGAAUGAUGUAAUUUCUGUCGAUAAAGUGAAUUUUUCUGAAGGUUUCAACGGUAAAAAGAUUGUAGAAGAUAUUGUGUUUGUAGAAAACCAGUUAACAUGCGAUGUGGAAGUAUUGGCAGAUCAUACUUUUGUGGAAUUCUUUAAAGGUUCUCGGCCACAGAUUAUUGCCGAAAUGCUUUAUCAUGUGAAAGUAUCUGAUAAAGUCUUCAGGAAUACGGAUCUAGAUAAUGAUCUGGUACCAGAAGGAAUUGGAUUUAACGUAGAGAAGAUAACAAUUAUUGAAGAUAAGAAUCGACCCGAUUAUCCUCUUAAUUUUAUCACUUCCGAUAGUACCAAGUACUUGACCGAGUUUGCCAAAAAGUACAGACACGAUUCUUGCAUGGCAUUAGCUUUUUGCCAUAGGGAUUUUGAUGGUGGAGUUGUAGGAAAAGCAUUUUUAAAUUCUUUGCAAUAUACAGAAGGUUUGUGUCACCAUUCUACAUUCGGUAGUUUGAAUACUGAUGUGGGUAUUGCCACUAAUCUUAAUGGAGGAGUGGUCAUUUCAAGGUCGAUAGUCAGUAUAAUUUUAGCACAUGAAAUUGGACAUACUUUUGGAUCGCCUCACGAUAAACCUGGAGAUGCAGUAUGUGCUCCCGGAGAUAAAAAUAGAGCAAUUGGAAAUUAUAUUAUGUAUCCUGUAGCUUCUGAUGGAUAUUUCCGCAACAAUUGGAUUUUCUCUCCUUGCAGUAAGAAAGAACUAUAUGAAACUAUUUAUAGUCAGCAAGGACAUUGUUUAAAAAAAAAAUCAAAAUCUGUGUGUGGAAACGGAAUCACCGAAUUAGGAGAAGAAUGCGAUUGCGGAAGGCGGGAUGCCUGUGCGGAAACGGACAAAUGCUGUAAUCCUCCAGGAAGCAAGGCAGAAUGCACUCUGAAAAAAUACACGGCAACUUUCUGUAGUCCUCGAGAAGGAGAUUGCUGUAACGAAAAAUGUGAAAUUAUUUCAAAAGAAAAGAAUCAUAAAUGCUUUUCUUAUAUUCCUUGUCAAAUACCUAUUUUAACCUGCGAUGGAACGUCGCCAGUUUGUCCUAGAAUUCCUCUAGCGGAUGGCACCCCUUGUUUAGGAUCUUCUAGCACUUGUCGACAUGGUGUUUGCACAAGUAACGUUUGCAGUGAUAAUGGUUUAGAACAUUGCGAAUGUGCAUCUAAGAAUGAUGAGUGCCAUAUUUGCUGUUUAGACGCUUCGAGGAACUGUCGAACUACCCAAUCACUCGGACUUUUCCAACCAAAUAGGAGAAUAUAUGUAAAAGUUCCUGGAACUUCCUGUCAUAAUAAUAAAGGAAUAUGCUUAAGUAAUGGAACGUGUAGUCUUGAGAAACCACACUGGGAUAGAUACAGAAGACAUUGGUUUAGAAUAUUUUGGCCAUUCUUUUUGUUUCUACCUUUGCUUAUUUUACUCCUGUUUAUAGUAUUUAUCUACCAAUAUCUGACAAAAAUUUAUCCUUUGAAAAAUGUAGACUAAAUGUAUAGAAACGAACGGUUUACAUCUAAAUGCCAUUAUUUCAAAUAGAUGUAUGGAAAUUUAUAAAUAAAAAAUAAUUUUAAAAUUAA